UUUUUGAAUACGUGGAAAAAACGCUCAAAGAAAAUGGGCACAUGGUUAUUGUGAUAGCUGAAGGAGCCGGACAGGAGUUCCUUUCAGGGAGCUUGCAGCCUGGGGAAGAGAGAGAUCCUUCUGGGAACAGGCAACUCCAAGAUGUUGGGUUGUGGAUUUCUAAUAGGAUCAAGGAACAUUUUGCAAAACGAAAUAAGAUGGUUCUUACUCUUAAAUAUAUAGAUCCUACAUACAUGAUCCGGGCUAUUCGAAGCAAUGUAGCUGACAAUGUGUAUUGUACACUCAUUGCUCAGAGUGCUGUUCAUGGAGCUAUGGCCGGGUACACAGGCUACACAAGUGGGCUUGUUAAUGGCAGACAAACUUAUAUUCCUUUCUAUUUGGUAUUAUAUAUUAUCUAUGAAGUGGAGCAUUCUGUAAGGAGGAUCUUGAUGCAACUGAAUAAAAGAAUAACUGGUAUUUAUUGUUGCACAAGCUACUCACAGAAAUGGGAAAACUUGAUGCCCUGAUUAUAUAAAGCAGAUACCUUCAUUUCUACUUUGAUUCAUUUGGUAUUAUUUCUUCUAAGUCAAUUAUAAACCUUGUUUUGAUGAUUUCUAAAUGAUCAAUACAAGAUCGAUAAUUAACAUUUGACUAUCCCCCUUUUUACUAAUAUUUAAUCCCAAUAUUCAUGCAUUACU